UUCACACAAGGUGAGUUCACCCGUCAAGUUGAGGAGAAAGAAGCUCUUGUCUCCCAGCUGAGCAGAGGCAAACAGGCCUUUACACAGCAGAUUGAGGAGUUAAAGAGACAGAUUGAAGAGGAGGUUAAGGCCAAGAAUGCUCUUGCCCAUGGAGUGCAAUCAGCCCGCCACGACUGUGAUCUGUUGAGGGAGCAGUUUGAGGAGGAGCAGGAGGCUAAGGCUGAGCUACAGCGUGGAAUGUCCAAGGCCAACAGUGAGGUGGCUCAGUGGAGAUCUAAGUAUGAAACUGAUGCUAUCCAGCGUACUGAGGAGCUUGAGGAAGCCAAGAAAAAACUGGCCCAGCGCCUUCAGGAGGCUGAGGAGCAGAUUGAGGCAGUGAAUUCCAAGUGUGCUUCUCUUGAGAAAACCAAACAGAGGCUCCAGAGUGAGGUGGAGGACCUCAUGAUUGAUGUGGAGAGAGCCAAUGGACUGGCUGCCAAUCUGGACAAGAAGCAGAGGAACUUUGACAAGGUCUUGGCAGAGUGGAAACAGAAGUAUGAGGAGGGUCAGGCAGAGCUUGAGGGAGCUCAGAAGGAGGCUCGUUCUCUUGGCACUGAGCUGUUCAAGAUGAAGAACUCUUAUGAGGAAGCUCUGGAUCAGUUGGAGACCAUGAAGCGUGAAAACAAGAACCUCCAGCGUGAGUUCUGA